UCUGAACUCGAGCCUUUUAUUUCGUUGAAUCAAUAUUUGCCUGCUUUGUGAUGGCUACUUCCUCUGGGAUAUUUGUCUAGUUAAAAACAAACCACCGGUUGGUUAUACCGCCUAAAUUCUAUAUUUGCCCCCUGGGGUAAAAGGACAUAUGAAGCUUAUCCUUAUAUAAUCCCAGGGAUUAUUUUCAGCGAACGCCGCAAUUUCUUUGCACUCGAACGUACCACGACGACAUAUACCAUUGAACAAUUUGACCAGUUGAGCAGACUUUGAAGGUUUAUUUAAAACUGGAAUUUGAUUUCUGAUUCCUAUGAAAAGACCUGAAAUAGAAUUCGAGUAAUUCCAAACUAUACUUCUCACUACACUUUUUAAAAUUAUCAGUGAACGAAAAUACGAGUGCACUAGAGUUUCACCAUUCGAGCAAAUGGUUUGUGUAAUACAAAGUUAAGUUUUGUUUUAUAUCUUUGAUAUUUCAAAGAAGUUUCACUAUAGUUUUAUUUGUUUUUACGCUUCUUUGAAAAACCCUGCACAAAAGUUUAAGUCUCCGUUUUUCUCUUUGACAAAAGUCUUUGAUAUUCUGCAAAGACAGAUUUUAUAGAUUUAGAAAACUUCGAAUAUUUGUAAACAUUAACUUCAACCUAUGUUAGCUAAACAGAAACUAAGUUUCCGAAUUUUGCAAAAUUUGGUACAAACUAGCGUUUGCAGAAGUGUUUCACAAUUGCCUUGAGCCAGACCGCUAUUUCCGUGAAACUGUGGAUUUUCCUUUCGUCCAUAACUUUCCUGCUUAUAGAAUUACAGUUACAGUCCCAUACAAAUUUUACCCAGUUUCAGGGAAUAAUUACGACCUACAAGUUCAGUAUUACUACAAAUAGCGCUUCCCUUGCUUCUUUGAAUAUUUAUCACCAUUGCCGAUUCUAUUUUGAUCAACCAGCACAGCUUCAAACGAUCUGUACAAAAUAGAUAUAAAAGGAAGUCUUUUCAUUGCACCAAUUUAAAUUUUUAUAUACUUUGCUUACCGUUAUUUUUAUGCAGAGGCUGUUCUCUGAAUAAUAUUUAUUGUGCUUUUUACAUUGUUAUAAUUGACCCUUAGUAACAUGUCCAAAUUCAACAAGACUGUCUCCGCCCUGGACCAUUUCACCUCAGACAAGAACAUGGCUCAAAGCAAGGUGCUUUUGAUGGGCAUGAAAGGUUCUGGCAAGACGUUGUUCCGUGAGUCGUGCUAUGACCACUUCGGGGACGAGAAGGAAAAGGCGGAUAAGUUCGCGGAUGUCGAUUCGAAGAGAGUGCGGAGUGAGAUGAUGGCGAGGACUUGUGCCACUUUGACUGAAAGGGACUACGUGGACAUCGCAUUCAAGAGAUUCGACCCAGAGGACUACGAGUGGGAAGACAAGAAAGUUAAGGUGCAUUUUUGUGAGCCAGGGUUUGACUUCCGGAUGGAGAAAGAAUUCACACCUGUGUUGAACCAGAUCAACUGUCUCGCCAUAUUUCUAGACUGCACCAAAGAAAACGUGGACGAUUACGAUCUCAACAUCCACAUGCCUUUUCUACGCAAGAACCAAUCUGUGCCCCCAUUGGCUAUCAUCUACAACAGCAAGGGCCAAUCAGAAUCUAGAAUUGACAGGAGCAAAAUUCGUAACUAUAUCGGCUUCGACUCGCUAGUUGCUGCAAAACCUUUUCAAAUUCUGGAAGUGGAAGUGAAAGAUUUGAAAAAUCUAGAUGACGUCACUUCGGUUAUCAACGCCUGUCUGAGGCAGGGAUUGCUACGAGAUGGAUUGUCGAUGCCAAAACCGAACCCACGAGUAGUAGCGAGAGACACCCCGUGAACAAGAUUCCGACAAUCAAAAAUCGGUCAAAAAUGUGAUGAGAAUUAUAACCCGCAAUAUAUUUAACAUAUGCUUAAACUGCUUUAGAAAACUGUUGACAGUGACUCGCAACGAACUAACAUCAUGAUGGCAUUUUGUCAAUGCACCGAUGUCGUACUACUAAUUUAAAUUUGCGAAUUUUUUAGAGAUGAGUUUUGUUUUGCACAUAUACAUUAUCUUAAAUGAAAAAUGAGAAUUGAGUUCAAUUUCGAUCAUAAAGAAUAUUAUCAAUCAUCUAUUUUGGUUCCAAUCAAUCAAAGUUCCAUUUUUCAA